GUCCUUCUGGUGGUGAUUGUUGGUGGAAGGUUCCCGAAUCCAUCCAAAGAUAAGAGUGAACAGAGGACUUCAAAUCAACACAGAGAUAGUAAUCAGAUGCAAAAACAAAUGACAUCAUCAAGAAACCAGGAAUCAAGUGACUCUAGCAGCUCAUCAUCGCCAUCAUCAUCAUCCAGUUCAUCAGAAGAUGACAGGCAUUCGAAGAAGAGGAAAAAGAAGAAACACAGAAAGAAAGAUGAUUCAUCAGACAGUGAGGAGGAAUUUAAAAGAAAAGACAAGAAGAAGAUGUCAAAAAAAGCUCAGGAGGAGAGGGAGGUGUCCAGAAGGAAAAGAGAUGAAGAGUUUGAUCAUGAUAGGAGGAAAGAUAGAGAAAAAGGAAGAAACAAAGAUGGAAAAGAUCAUCGAAAGAGAGAAAGGAGCCCAAGUCAUGAAACACACCACAAAAACGACAGAGAAAGUGCCAGACACCAAAAAUAUGAGAGAGAAAGAAGUAGAAGUCGCGACAGACACCAAAAUCGCAAAAGAGAAAGAAGCAGGAGUCGUGACAGGCACCAAAGAUAUGAAAGAGAAAGAAGCAGGAGUCGUGACAGACAACAAAGAUAUGAAAGAGAAAGAAGCAGGGAUCGUGACAGGCACCAAAGACAUGAAAGAGAUCGAAGUAGAAGUCGCGAGAGACACCAAAAACGUGAUAGAGAAAGAGAUAGAAAUAAGUACAAUUCCAGGAGUCAUCGAGACCGAAGGUGAUAACCAAGCUUUUACUAUGAUGGGUGUUUUCAAAAGCUUACAUAUGGGUGAUGUUUGACCGUGUUAAGUCUGGUUUCCAUAGAAUCGUACACAGUCGCUACAGCGUUCUCGCAUCAAACCUUGUACUGCGUAGCUACAACUAACGCAAUCAGGAAUGCUUCUCUGAUUCAACUGGCCAACCAGCGUUGCCAA